CAAAACAAAAAUAAGAAUUUUCAUAUGUAUACGUUGCUUUCAACUUGACUAAUCCCACCCAUAUAUGUGACAAAAUUAUAGUAUUAUUAAAAUCUAUAUAAUAAUUAACUGAUUCCUAAAAUUGCAGCAUCCAAAAGCUUACCAUCUAUAUAUAAUUAAGAUACAUACAUGUACAAUAAUUCAACUACACAAAUCAAGAAAGAUAUUUUUUUGUUAAAGAAAAAUAAUGGGGAUGGAAAGCAAGAUGUUCAGCUAUUCAGAAGUUUCUGCUCACAACUCUUCUGAAGAUUGCUGGAUCAUCAUCAAUAGCAAGGUUUAUAACGUCACGAGCUUCUUAAACGACCAUCCUGGUGGUGACGACGUCCUAUUAGGACAAGCAGGCAAGGACGCAAGUGAAGAGUUCGAAGACGUAGGUCACGGCAGCGCAGCCAGAUUAAUGUUGGACGAAUUCUACGUCGGAGAAGUCGAUCCAGCCUUGAACCGCCCCACAACCACCACAAACACAGCCCUAGCUCCGGCAAUAGACAUCAAGCAUAAUUCGCCGAAGUCGAACAAUAAAUUUCUCUAUUUCCUAUUGGCCCUUACGGUUAUAGUAUUCGGUGUGGGUAUUAGCUUCUUCAAUUUUUCAAGCUCGACUUAUAGUCAAACUUGAAGAAACUGGAGAGUCGGCAACUUGAGAGACUGACGCUUGCAGGAAGCGCAACACGGUUUCUUCAACUUCCUUUUGUUCAAUUGUACCAUCUGAUAAGCUUUAUAAAUGAUAAAUCAUAUGUUAUAUAAGUGAA